AUGAAAAAUGCUAUAGAAGAAGCAUGCGGUGAAUCAAAUAGACGUAAACUUACUGUAAGCGGAGACGGAACCUGGCAAAAACGCGGCUUUUCUAGUUUACAUGGAGUUGUUGAAAUAAUGUCAACCUGUUCGAGUGCAAAAGUGCUGGAUUUGGAGAGAUUAUCAAAAAGUUGUUCCAUGUGUACAGGUGCACUUAGUAUCAAACAUUCAAAUCCAACAAAAUAUGAAGAAAUUAAAAAUAAACAUAAAUGUGAAAUAAAUCAUUCAGGCUCAUCAGGUGAAGAAUAUGAUCAUAAUAAGCAUAGUUUACCAUUAGGUAUUAUGAAAGCAAUCCGACCAGUGUUUGAUGAAUUAGCUCACCCUGAUACUCUAAAGAAAGUCAUCAAUGGUGGAUCUCAAAACAGCAACGAAAGUUUCCAUGCCGUUUUAUGGAGUUUAGCACCAAAGAAUCGAUAUACCACCGGUGUGGUUAUUGAUCUAUGUGCAGCAAUUGCUGUAUUAUCAUAUAAUGAAGGUGAUCAAUCAAUUUUACCAGUUAUAGCUGAAUUAACAGGCGGUGGUUGUGGUUUUUAUACAAAAGUUGCAAUGAGAAGACUUGAUGAACGUCGUGUAUAUUCCGAGCUCAAACGAAAACAAGCAGAAGAAAAAACAAAAUUAACUAAAGAAACACUUGAUUCAGAACAAGGUGAUCGUAUGAGUCUUGGUGUUAAUGAUGACAACUCAUUAGAUGAUUCAUAUAUACCUGGUGCUUAUUAA